CGGAGCCGAGCCGAGCCAAGCCGAGAAAGGCUGCUUGAGACCGGGAGAGCCGAGCCGAGCCGAGCCGAGGAAGGCUGCGUGUGACCGGGAGAACCGCUCCGCUCCUCUCCGCUCAGUCUCUGGGUCAUUCAGCUCCGAUUUACCGCGGCGGGACUUUCUGUUUUAUUUAUUUUACCAGACCCGUGCCCCCCCCCCGUCCCCCCACACAAUCCGCGUGCAUGAGAGGGAAUUAAAGGAGAACCGCGGGAGCGAGGAUUUAAAGACGUGAUUGGACUUUUCUGCGCGUUCCCGUCCAGCCAUGUCUCAGUGAAGCUGUCUCUCCAUCGGACCUGCAUCCAGCUCCUCCUCCUCUCCUCCUCCUCCUCCUCCUCCUCCUCCUCCUCUCUCUGUCCACCAUGCUUUCCUCUCCAGUCCUCCUCCUCCUCUUCCUCCUCCUCCUCUCCUCCCCCCUCCUCUCUGCUCCUCCCUCCCCCUCGGAGGUGGUGUACCGGUCCCUUGACUCCUCCCUCACCCACCUGACCGUCCACCGGAGGACGGGGGACGUCUUCGUCGGCGGCGUCAACCGAAUCCUGAAGCUCUCGGCCAAUCUGACGGAGCUGAGGAGUCACAUGACGGGCCCCGUCGAAGACAACUCCACGUGUUACCCCCCGCCCAGCGUCAGGGCCUGCGCCCACCGCCUGGAGUCUUCAGACAACGUCAACAAGCUGCUUCUGGUGGACUAUUCUGGGAACCGCGUGGUGGCGUGUGGUUCCAUCUGGCAGGGGGUCUGUCAGUUUCUGCGCCUGGAGGAUCUGUUCAAGCUGGGAGAACCGCACCACCGCAAGCAGCACUACCUGUCUGGAUCCAGGGAGGCCGACGGCAUGGCAGGUGUGGUGGUGGGGGAGGACGACUGGAUGUCGGAUCCCCGGAGGAAGAGGCCGGUGAAGGGCAGCAGUCGUCUGUUCAUCGGCGCCGCCAUCAACGGGAAGUCUGAAUAUUUCCCGACGUUGUCGAGCAGGAAGCUGGUGGCGGACGAGGAGAGCAUGGACAUGUUCUCUCUGGCCUACCAGGACGAGUUUGUGUCGUCUCAGAUCAAGAUCCCGUCGGACACGUUGUCCCUGUACCCGGCCUUCGACAUCUACUACGUGUACGGCUUCUCCAGCCGGUCCUACGUCUAUUUCCUGACGCUGCAGCUGGACACCCAGCUGACCCAGAUGGACGCCGGCGGAGAGAAGUUCUUCACCUCCAAGAUCGUCAGGAUGUGCUCCAAUGACACCGAGUUCUACUCCUACGUGGAGUUCCCCCUGGGCUGCACCAAGGACGGCGUGGAGUACCGGCUGGUCCAGGCCGCCUACAAACAGAAACCGGGCCGCCGCCUGGCCCAGGCUCUGGGUCUGUCCCAGGAUGACGACAUCCUCUUCGUCGUCUUCUCUCAGGGUCAGAAGAAUCGGUCAAACCCCCCGAGGGAGACGGUCUUGUGUCUGUUCACACUCCACAACAUCAACCUGGCCAUGAGGGAGAGGAUCCGGUCCUGUUACCGUGGCGAGGGCCGCCUCACGUUACCAUGGUUACUCAACAAGGAGCUGGCCUGCAUUCACACGCCGAAGCAGAUCGGAGAUGAUUUCUGUGGUCAGGUUCUGAACCAGCCGCUCGGGGGCCUGAUGGCGAUCGAAGGAAGCCCCCUGUACGUGGACCGGACCGAGGGCAUGGGCGCCGUGGCGGCCUACACCUACGGGGACCACACCGUGGUCUUCGUAGGGACCAGAACUGGACAACUGAAGAAGAUCCGUGUGGAUGGCAUCCCCCCGGACCACAAUGCUUUGCUGUAUGAGACGGUGGCGGUGGUGGAGGCGAAGCCGAUCCUGAGGGACAUGGUCUUCAGUCCAGACCACCGGUACAUCUACCUCCUCAGUGACCGACAGGUGAGCCGGCUGCCAGUGGAGAGCUGUGACCAGUACACCAGCUGUUCCGGGUGUCUGGGUUCUGGAGAUCCUCACUGUGGCUGGUGUGUCCUCUACAACAAGUGUUCCAGACAGGAAGCAUGUGAUAAGUGGGAGGAGCCUCAGCACUUCAACACACGUCUCGACCAAUGUGUCAACAUCUCUGUGACCCCGAGCAGCAUGUCAGUCACCGCCCCCCCGACCCAGCUGAGUGUCCAGGUCCAGAAUGUCCCCGUCCUGUCUGGAGGGGUUUCCUGUGUCUUUGAGGACCUGAGCGAGACACCAGGACACAUCCUGGACAGAGACCAGUUGACAUGUUUGUCCCCGUUACUGAGGGACAUUCCAGCUAACACUCCGUCAAACGGAGAGAAGCGAGUGGUUCAGCUCAGCCUCAGAUCCACAGAGACCGGGCUCCAGUUCAUCACCACCAGCCUCGUCUACUACAACUGCUCUGUGCUCAACUCGUGUACUUCCUGUGUGAGCAGUGAGUUUCCUUGUCACUGGUGUAAAUAUCGUCACAUCUGCACCAACAACCUCCAGGACUGUUCCUUCCAGGAGGGACGUGUCAGCGGCAUGGAGGGCUGUCCUCAGAUUGUCCCCACCUCAGACAUCCUGGUCCCUGCGGGGCUGGUGCGUCCCAUCACGCUGAGGGCCAGGAACCUGCCCCAGCCUCAGUCGGGCCAGAAGAACUACGAGUGUGUGUUCAGCAUCCAGGGCAAAGUCCAGCGCAUCCCGGCCGUCCGCUUCAACUCGUCCUGCAUCCAGUGCCAGAACACCUCGUACUGGUACGAAGGGGACGAGGCCGGAGACCUUCCUGUGGACUUCUCCAUCGUCUGGGACGGAGACUUCCUCAUCGACAAGCCCGUCGCUAUGCGAGCGUUGCUGUAUAAGUGUGAGGCCCAGCGCUCCAGUUGUGGUCAGUGCCUUAAAGCUCCGCCCUCCUUUGACUGUGGGUGGUGCUCUGAGACCAGGAAGUGUUUACUCCGACAGCACUGUCCGUCCCCCGAGCUCAACUGGAUGCACCACGGCCGCCACAACCUGCGCUGCAGCCACCCCCGCAUCGCCAAGAUUGACCCUCUGACGGGGCCUCGUGAGGGGGGCACCCGGGUCACCAUCGAGGGGGAGAACCUGGGUCUGCAGGUGAAGGAAAUCACCCACGUCCAGGUGGCCGGAGUCCGCUGUAACCCGGUGCCAUCGCAGUACACCAGCGCUGAGAGGAUCGUGUGUGACAUGGCUGAAGCCCUCCUCCCUCACUCCCCUGGUGGACCUGUGGAGCUCUGCAUCGGGGUCUGUAGCGCCGAGUACCGGACCCUGUCCACCCAGACCUACUCCUUCGUGAGCCCCAGCUUCAGCAGGAUCCGCCCGGAGAAGGGACCGGUUUCUGGGGGAACCCGGCUCACGGUGACCGGCCGCCACCUGGACGCCGGCAGCUCCGUCAGCGUCUACAUCACCAGAGAAGAGUGUCUGUUCGUCAAACGUACGAACCGAGAGAUCGUCUGCAUCACCCCCCCCUCCUCCUCCGCCUCUGGCCCCGCCUCCAUCCGACUGAUGAUUGACAGGGCGGAGGUCACCAACUCUGAGAUCAAAUACAUCUACACCGAUGACCCGACCAUCACCAGCAUCGAACCCAACUGGACCAUCCUCAACGGCAGCACCAUGAUCACAGUGACAGGAACCAACCUACAAACCAUCCAGGAGCCCAAGAUCAGAGCCAAGUAUGGAGGAGUGGAAACCAGCAAUUUCUGCUCGUUAGUCAAUGACAGCACCAUGACGUGUCUGGCUCCAGGACUGGUCUACAGUAAACCCAACCCACCAGAGGGGGCGCUGCACCCAGACGAGUUUGGCUUCAUCCUGGACCAGGUGUCGUCUCUGCUGGUUCUGAACUCCACCCCCUUUACUCACUACCCCAACCCGACCUUUGACCCCCUCGGGAGCUCUGGGAUCCUGGAGGUGAAGCCGGGGUCGCCCAUUAUCCUCAAGGGGAAGAACCUGGUCCCCCCGGUCUCUGGUAACAACCGUCUGAACUACACAGUCCUGAUUGGAGAGGCCCCCUGUCUCCUCACGGUCUCUGAGAACCAGCUGCUCUGUGACUCGCCAGACGUGACUGGAGAGCAGCGAGUCCUGAUCCUGGUGGGGGGUCUGGAGUACUCCCCAGGGACGCUCCAUAUCUACUCGGACAGUGUCCUGUCUCUCCCCGCCAUCCUGGGUCUAGGGGGGGGCGGGGGGGUCCUGCUCUUCGUCAUCAUCAUCGUCCUCAUCGCCUACAAGAGAAAGACCCGAGACGCCGACCGGACCCUGAGACGCCUCCAGCUCCAGAUGGACAACCUGGAGAGCCGGGUGGCGCUGGAGUGCAAGGAGGCCUUCGCUGAGCUUCAGACCGACAUCCAGGAAUUAACCAACGACAUGGACGGAGUGAAGAUCCCGUUCCUGGAAUAUCGCACCUACACCAUGAGGGUCAUGUUCCCCGGGAUCGAGGAGCACCCGGUCCUCAAGGAGCUGGAUUCUCCAGCCAACGUGGAGAAAGCGCUUCGUCUCUUCAGUCAGCUGCUCAACAACAAGAUGUUCCUGCUGACCUUCAUCCACACUCUGGAGGCUCAGAGGUCCUUCUCCAUGAGGGACCGAGGGAAUGUGGCCUCACUGCUGAUGGCCGCCCUGCAGGGCCGGAUGGAGUAUGCCACCAUGGUGCUGAAGCAGCUGCUGGCCGACCUGAUUGAGAAGAACCUGGAGAACAGGAACCAUCCCAAACUGCUGCUUAGGAGGACCGAGUCUGUUGCUGAGAAGAUGUUGACCAACUGGUUUACCUUCCUCCUGCAUCGAUUCCUCAAGGAGUGUGCCGGGGAGCCUCUCUUCAUGUUGUACUGUGCCAUAAAGCAGCAGAUGGAGAAAGGGCCCAUUGACGCCAUCACAGGAGAAGCUCGUUAUUCUCUGAGUGAAGACAAACUCAUCAGGCAGCAGAUCGACUACAAGCAGCUGACCCUGAUGUGCGUCCCCCCGGAGGCUGAAGCCGGGACUGAGGUUCCUGUGAAGGUGCUGAACUGUGACACCGUGACUCAGGUUAAAGACAAACUGCUGGACGCUGUUUACAAAGGAAUCCCCUUCUCCCAGAGACCGCAGGCAGACGACAUGGACCUGGAGUGGCGUCAGGGUCGACUGACCAGGAUCAUCCUGCAGGACGAAGACGUCACGACCAAGAUCGAAAGCGACUGGAAGAGACUCAACACGUUAGCGCACUAUCAGGUAACCGAUGGUUCUCUGGUGGCUCUGGUCCAGAAGCAGGUCUCAGCCUACAACAUCGCCAACUCCUUCACCUUCACCAGAUCACUGAGCAGAUACGAGUCUUUACUGAGGACGUCCAGCAGUCCAGACAGUCUGAGGUCCAGAGCCCCCAUGAUCACCCCGGACCAGGAGACAGGAACCAAACUGUGGCAUCUGGUGAAGAACCAUGAACACAGCGACCAGAGAGAAGGAGACAGAGGCAGCAAGAUGGUCUCAGAGAUCUACCUGACCAGACUGCUGGCUACCAAGGGGACGCUGCAGAAGUUCGUGGACGACCUCUUUGAGACGGUGUUUAGCACCGCCCACCGCGGCUCCGCGCUGCCAUUGGCCAUUAAAUACAUGUUCGACUUCCUGGACGAGCAGGCGGAUCGGAGGCAGAUCAGCGACCCCGACGUCCGGCACACCUGGAAGAGCAACUGCCUCCCUCUCAGGUUCUGGGUCAACGUCAUCAAGAACCCUCAGUUUGUGUUCGACAUCCAUAAGAGCAGCAUCACGGACGCCUGCCUCUCUGUGGUGGCUCAGACCUUCAUGGAUUCCUGCUCCACGUCCGAGCAUCGACUUGGAAAAGACUCGCCCUCCAACAAGCUGCUCUACGCUAAGGACAUCCCCAACUACAAGAGCUGGGUGGAAAGGUACUACAGGGACAUCUCCAAGAUGCCCAGCAUCAGCGAUCAGGACAUGGACGCCUACCUGGUGGAACAGUCCCGUCUCCACGGCAACGAGUUCAACACACUGAGCGCGCUCAGUGAGCUCUACUUCUACAUCAACAAGUACAAGGAAGAGAUCCUCACCGCCUUGGACCGGGACGGAUACUGUCGCAAACACAAGCUGAGACACAAACUGGAGCAAGCCAUCAACCUGAUGUCUGGGAGCAGCUGAGAGGAGGGGGGGCUGCGUGGACUGAUGGGGGAGGAGGACGGAUGGACGGGGUGGGGGGUGUGGGGGGGGCUAAGGAUUCAGAACCAGGAUCAGGACUGAGCUUUAAUAAGGACCUGGAUCCAGAUGUUUCAACCACUCGAUGUUUCUUGUCUGGACAAUCACUCGGUACCACAGCACACUGAGCCCCCCCACCCCGCACUGAGCCCCCCCACCCCGCACUGAGCCGAAGCCCGACCGACCAGAACCUGUGUCCCCUCCCCCC